AACUACUUUAUUUUUCUUUCGCUGGUGCCACUUUUCAUUACAACUUCGUCAAAGAUCUAACCACCAGACCUAACAAAAUCUAAAAUUGCUAUCUAAAAUCGUAUAAAAAAUAAUAUAUUUUUGCUGAAAAUUUUACUUUCGGCAUUUUAGUUUCACCUCAAAUAUUGCAAUUUGAGAUGAUCUUCGAGUAAUCCAAAUUCUGGAAUCCUGUGAUCAGACAACGUGUUAAUCACAUGAUAUCGGAUAAGCCAAACAGUUUAGUGAAGUGAAACCAUAAACAUCAAAACAAGUUUUGUUAAAUAAUUCUGCAUGAUUUUAAUUGGCGAAGCAUGACACAGACAGACCUCUGAUUGCUGGAAAUCGAGGGCAGAGCUCGUGACAAUACUGCAGCAAAAAAAACAAGUUGGAAAAACGUGGAAGAUAACAUUAAACUUCGCCUCCUGAUUAAAUUAUACAGGAAAAGUUGUUGAUGACCAUUGUACCCACCCAACCCAUACCGUCAUUUUUAUUAGCAUUAACAUAAAACUUAUCCCAAACCUCCACAUGAAAAAGAGAGGGCAUGUGAGACCAACUAACUAACCAUCUACGUAAACUCGUUCUCAUCCCGAGUUAACAGAAUUUGUUAUCUCAUAUACACGAAAAUAUAUUAUUGUUAUGUACAUGAUAUGAUAUGACGAUGCAUAAUAUGCAAGAUCGUACAGAUGCUCUGUCCAACUUUGCUGGCAACCUUAGCCAAGAAAUUCUCCAGGCUAUUCUAAACCCUUCUACUUGUAGCCCGACCAGUUCCAGUUCAAACUCCUUACAUCCCACAUCUCCAUCUCCAGCAGAACAACCGGCAGUUCCCGUGAGAAAGAGGUCAAAAACCAAAGAGGGCAUAAUAAUGGAAUAUAUUUAUUUUGGACCUGGGCCGGCCAAGUUGCCGAAAGAGGUUUUGGAGCAAACUCAAAAUGAGCUAAUGGAUCUGCAAGGAACGCAUGUGAGCAUUAUGGAAAUGAGCCAUCGUUCCCCUGAAUUCACUGCCAUAGUCAAUGGAACUAUAGAGAAAGCAAAGAAAUUGCUUUCGAUUCCUGACAAUUAUAAAGUCCUGUUCAUGCAAGGGGGUGGAACAGGACAAUUCGCCGCAGUGCCAUUAAACCUUAUGAGCAGAACGGGGAAAGCAGACUAUAUCGUGACUGGAUCCUGGUCAGCAAAAGCACAUAAGGAAGCAACCAAAUACGGAAAGGCAACCAUGGUUCAUGACAAAAUUUCUAAAUAUGGAAGCAUUCCUGACCCCUCAUCUUGGAAAUUGGACCCUGAAGCGUCCUACGUGUACUACUGCAUGAAUGAAACGGUCGAAGGGGUAGAAUUUCAGUAUAUUCCGGACACGAAGGGAGUGCCUUUAGUUUGCGACAUGUCCUCCAACAUAUUUUCAAGGCCGAUUGAUGUGUCCAAGUUUGGACUGAUCUAUGCCGGUGCUCAAAAAAAUAUUGGCCCUGCCGGUGUGACCAUUGUUAUCGUGCGAGAUGAUCUGAUUGGGAAAGCAUUGCCCAUUUGUCCGACUGUCUUGGACUAUGCAGUUAUGGCAAAAGAAAAUUCACUUUACAACACUCCACCUUGUUUUGCCAUUUACACGAUGGGUCUCGUUUUCGACUGGAUCUUGAAGAAUGGGGGAGUUGGUGAAAUGGAACGACGUGCCAUUGAAAAGUCCAACAUGAUUUACAAUUUGAUCGACAAUUCGAACGGUUAUUACAGCAGCGUUGUUCACCCCUCCUGCCGCAGUCGGAUGAACGUUCCCUACCGUGUCAAAAACGAUGAGGACUUGGAAACCAAAUUCCUCAAGGAUGCAAAGUCACAAGGACUUCUAAGCCUUAAAGGACAUCGUUCCGUGGGUGGAAUCCGAGCUUCUAUCUAUAACGCGGUGCUGCCAGAACAUGUCCAGAAAUUGGAGGCUUUCAUGAAACAAUUCCUUGCAAACAAUCCUUAAACAAGUUCAUACAUAUGUCACGCAGCAAUAAUGAGAUUUAAAAGACAGAAUGCUUCCAUAAAACCACAUGGCUUAUUCCAUUCCAUACUAAAUUUGUGAAAAACAUUAUAAUUUAUCGCAAUAAUUAGACUUGUAACAGUAAUUCCACAAAAGUAGCUUCUUGUUUAGGAGAUUUAUAAUCUGAUUUACGUAAGCUUUAAUUAACAUAUCAAAUGCAGAAACAUUGGUGCCUGAAUUACCUGCCUAAUUUUUUGUAUCAAUGAAAUUAUUCCGAGAUUAACAUACAUAAUAAACCACUUAAAUGACUA